AUGGCGGAAGGUCCAAGCAAAGCCCCAAGUGACGUCACACCACCUUCUGGAGAAGAUGAAGAAGAAGAAAAAGAAGUAACUCUUGAUUUUGAUGAAGACACUUUGACAGCAAUAGUUGAAGUUUACAAGAAUGAAGGUAACGACGUUUACAUAAAAGAAGAUUUUUUAAACGCCAUUUACUUUUACACGGAAGGAAUUAAAGUGAAAUGCGGAAACAAAGAAUUGAAGGCCAAACUGUACAACGACAGGGCGACAGUACAUUUCAAAUUAGGCAAUUACCAGGAUUCACUGAGAGAUGCAACAACCGCCCAUCAACUACAACCAACAUAUCUAAAGGCAAUUGUCAGAGGAGCAAGUGCCUGUCUUGAGCUGAAUAAGCCUGAAGAAGCGUACAGAUGGUGUGUUGAAGGAUUAGCCGUAUCCUUUUGUCAGAUCUAA